GGCGUUGCUGGUGGGGCCUCCUGACCACAGGCCACAGUCGGGCUCCCCCUUUCCGGCCGUUGGCUGAGGGUGGGAGCCACGGCCCGGAGACCUCUGCAGGGAGACACCAGCCCGUAUCCGCCAUGGGGCCUGGGUCGGGGGCCUGGGGACGUCCGCUGCUGACCGUGGCCACUGCCCUGAUGCUGCCCAUGAAGCCCCCCGCAGGCUCCUGGGGGGCCCAGAUCAUCGGCGGCCAUGAAGUGACCCCCCACUCCAGGCCCUACAUGGCUUCCGUGCGCUUCGGGGGCCAGCAUCACUGUGGAGGCUUCCUGCUGCGAGCCCGCUGGGUGGUCUCGGCCGCCCACUGCUUCAGCCACAGAGACCUCCGCACCGGCCUGGUGGUGCUGGGCGCCCAUGCCCUGCGUACUGCAGAGCCCACCCAGCAGGUGUUUGGUAUCAGUGCUAUCACCAACCACCCCGACUUCCACCCUGACCACGUCAACGACAUCUGCCUGCUGCGGCUGAACAGCUCUGCUGUCCUGGGCCCUGCAGUGGGGCUGCUGAGGCUGCCAGGGAGACGGGCCAGGCCCCCAGCCGGGACACGGUGCCGGGUCGCUGGCUGGGGCUUCGUGUCUGACUUUGAGGAUCUGCCGCCUGGACUGAUGGAGGCCGAGGUCCGAGUGCUGGACCUGGACGUCUGCAACAGCUCCUAAGGGCACCUGAGCCAUACGAUGCUCUGCACCCGCAGUGGGGACAGGCACAGGCGAGGCUUCUGCUCGGCCGACUCCGGGGGGCCCCUGGUGUGCAGGAACCGGGCUCACGGCCUCGUGUCAUUCUCCGGCCUCUGGUGCGGACCGAAGACCCCCGAUGUGUACACGCAGGUGUCCUCCUUUGUGGCCUGGAUCUGGGACGUGGUUCGGCGGAGCAGCCCCCAGCCCGGACCCCUGCGUGGACCACCAGGCCCCCAGGAGGAGUCGCCUGAGCCACAGCCUUGCAGCAUGCAAAUGAGGUUGCUGCUCCAGGCCUGGAAUGUUCCAUGGCUGGGGCAGGGGGUCCCUGAUGUUCAGGGUUGGGGUGGACGGCCAGCGGCGGGGGACACCCGUUCCAUAUGCAAAGGGCAGAAUCUAACCCAGUAAAAUGUUAACUGACUUCCAGCCUCACCCGCGGGCGGUCAGCGGCAGGGUCCACC